AUGUCUCUGAAGGCGUAUCUUGCGGAGAAGUACAUGUCUGGUCCGAAAGCGGACGCCAUUCUCUCCAAAGUUCAGCCGACGAAGAAGAAGAAACGCAAGGCUACAGCGACGUCCGUCUCGACAAGCGCGAGCGCGUCCUUCAUCAAGGAUGACGACCUGACAGGCUGGAAUGCAGAGCCGCAAGAUGAAGAUGACGACAUGUCAGAGCCGGUGGUUGCGGAGGACAGGAGAUUCAAGAAACGGCAGCGAACGGACCCGGAGUCGGGGUGGCAGACGGUACGGGAGGGCGAGGGUGGCAGCAAGACGCCUCCGCCCGCUGCGGACGAGCAGCCGCAGGUUGUGGAGACCGAGGAGCCCUUCAAGGGCGGCCUGCUCACGUCUGAGCAGCUGAAGAAGAAGCUAUCCAAGAACGCCAAGCAGAGCACGAGGAAGUCUGCGGAUGAUGCAGCGGAGCAAGCCGCCGCUCAAGAGACCAUAUACCGUGAUUCGUCGGGGCGGAAGGUGGACAUGGCGGCGGCACGAGCUGAGGCUGCGCGGCUGAAGCGGGAGCGGGAGGAGAAGGAGGCAGCGAAGAUGGAAUGGGGCAAAGGUCUUGUACAACGAGACGAAGCUGUGAAGCAGAAACAGGAACUAGAGAAGAUGCGCUCUCAGGCGUUUGCGAGGACAGCGGAUGACGCCGAACUCAACGAGGAGUUGAAGGCGCAGGAUCGUUGGAAUGAUCCGGCAGCGCAGUUUUUGACGAAGAAGAGAUCGAAGGGGCCUCGGAAACCCGAAUACACGGGUCCUCCUCCACCUCCAAAUCGUUUCGGCAUAAAGCCAGGUUAUAGGUGGGACGGCGUCGAUCGUAGCAAUGGGUUUGAGAAGAAAUACUUUCAGAAGCAGAACGAGCGACGACGGCGUGGCGCAGAGAGUUAUGAGUGGAGUGUGGAUGACAUGUAG